AUGGGAGUCCACCCCGAGGUCGGCAAAUCCCCGGUUGACAUCCCCAAGAGCUCCGGCACCUGCUCCAGGAGGUUUUUCUGCAAUAUCAAGGUGUUUGUGCUGUGCCAUGGGCUCCUGCAGCUCUCCCAGCUCCUCUACAGCGCCAACUUCAAGAGCAGCCUCACCACCAUCGAGAAGCGCUUCGGGCUCUCCAGCCUCUCCUCAGGCUUCAUCUCCAGCUUGCACGAGAUUGGCAACGUGGUGCUCAUCAUCUUUGUCAGCUACUUCGGCAGCCGCGUGCACCGCCCGCGCGUCAUCGGCCUGGGCGGGCUGCUGCUGGCGCUGGGCGCCUUCCUGGUCACCCUGCCACACUUCCUCUCGGGCCCCUACGAGUACACUGCCCUCAGCACGGGUAACAAAAGCCAGGGGCAGGACGAGCUGUGCUAUGCAGAGAGCAGAUUUGUGUGCUCAAACAGCACCAAGGACCCAGAGAAGGAGGCCAGCAGCGUGUGGGCCAUGAUGGUCAUUGCCCAGCUGCUGGCUGGGAUUGGCACCGUGCCCAUCCAGCCCUUUGGGAUAUCCUAUGUGGAUGACUUUGCAGACUCCAACAAUUCCCCACUCUAUGUUGCCAUCCUCUUUGCCAUUGCUGUGUUUGGCCCUGCCUUUGGAUACCUGCUGGGCUCCGUGGUGCUGCGGCUCUUCGUGGACAUCGGGAGGGUUCACACUGUGGAGCUGACGCCGAGUGACCAGCGCUGGAUCGGAGCCUGGUGGCUGGGGCUGCUCAUCUCCUCGGGCUGCCUGGUGCUCACCUCCAUCCCCUACUUCUUCUUCCCUCGGUGCAUGCUGAAAGGAGAGGAGCGGAACACGGAGGCCGGGAUGCUCAGGAAGAUGGAGACAGGGGCUGCCCAGGACACCUCCCUGCUGGAGUUCAUCAAAAGAUUCCCAAAGAUCUUCAUCAGGCUGCUGCUCAACCCCCUCUUCAUCCUCCUGGUGCUGGCUCAGUGCAGCUUCUCCUCCGUCAUUGCGGGUCUGGCCACAUUCCUCAACAAAUUCCUGGAGAAGCAGUAUGGUGCCUCCCCCUCCCAGGCCAACUUCCUCAUAGGAGCUGUGAACCUGCCGGCAGCAGCGCUGGGGAUGCUGCUGGGCGGGAUCAUCAUGAAGCGCUUCUCCUUCUCCCUGCGUGCCAUCCCGCGCUUCGCCGUCGUGGUGCUCGUCUUCUCCAUCCUCAUCUGCCUGCCCAUCUUCUUCAUGGGCUGCUCCACAGGGCACAUCGAGGGCAUCUACCACCCCAGUACACCCAAUUCCCAGCCGCAGGUUAAGGCACGGGUUGGGUGCCAGUGCUCUAAGCAGAUCUUCCACCCCGUGUGCUGGAAAAACACCACGGAAUACAUCUCCCCCUGCUUCGCUGGCUGCACCAACAGCACCACCAACCCCUCCAACCCCAGGCAAAAGAUCUACCACAACUGUUCCCUGAAUGGGCAUGAGCUGUUCUCCACCUACACGGGCUCUUGUCCAGUCAGCUGCUCCCGCAUGCUCCUUCCUGCCAUAUUCCUCAUCUCCUUUGCUGCCCUGGUCGCCUGCCUGUCCCACAACCCCCUGUACAUGAUGGUGUUACGGGUGGUGAACCAGGAUGAGAAGUCGUUCGCCAUCGGAGUCCAGUUCUUGCUGAUGAGACUGCUGGCCUGGCUGCCGGCUCCGGCCAUGUUCGGAGCCCUCAUCGACUCCUCCUGCAUCUACUGGCAGCAGCAGCAGUGCGCCCCGGGCCGCUUCUGCGCCUACUACAACAACGAUUUCCUCCGAAACAGAUACCUGGGGCUGCAGGUGGGCUACAAGGUGGUGGGCACCGUGCUGCUGGCGCUCAUCAGCUGGAAGGUGAAGAGGAGCAAGGAGUACAACGUGCAGGAGAAGGCGGCGGGGCUGGUGUAGCCGCCGAGGACUGACUCGCACCCCCAUCACCCACUGCCACUACUUUAUCUUGUUUGGGUUCGUUUUACUCGCCACGGGAGCGACUCCUCCCGCAGCCCAGGGAUGCUCCGGGCCAGCACGGCAUCUCCCGGGGUCCCCAGCCCGUCACCCCGGGCAGGGACAGCCCCGGCCCGCCGGAGCAGGAGGCAGAGGGGGCUGGAACAGCCGGACCCGCAUUAGUGCCUGCUGCGGGCCAUGGUCCCGCUCCGGUGUGACAUUCCCGGCCGCGACAGGAGCAGGGGAGGUGGCUGCCAGCCUGGUGUCUCCACAGAGGUCAGCAGGGACACCGCACACGUGUUGGGACAAGACAGCACGAGGGGUUUAUUGCAGAACAUCUGGGGUUUGUUGCUCUUUUUAUUUUUUAAAUAAAGGUCAAUUUUCCAACCGUGGUGAGCUCUUGGGUUCCCCACCAGCAGCAAGGCAAAGCCCUGGGGAUGCUGCAGGUCACAGCCUGGCCAUGCUGAGCACAUAGCAGCUGGGAAAGGGGAAAAAAGGGUGACAGAGGGGGAGGAGGGCUGGUAGGGGCUACACAGAGCUCGGGGCAGCUGAGGAGCCCUGCCCACAUCUCCCUGAUGGGCACAGCAGAAGGUUUUACCUAAGCUUCUCAUCCCCAUGGGUUUGCUAGCACACAUCAGUUCAGGUACUCAGCUGCCCAAGCUGGUGGCUCAGAGGAGGGACCAUGAACAAAGAAAUGCCUGGCAAUUGAAAAGUUUCAUUCCUUGUCCCUCACACCAAGAGCCUGGGGUUCUUCUCACCCUUCAAUGUGUUGAUGUUUGGGUUGUUUCACACCCCUCAGGUGGGUUUUGGUUGGUUCUGUCAGUCCACACUGUGAUGGAACCCCAUACUGCGUUUCAAUACACAGAUCACAACUACUCCUGCAUUUUAAGGUAGUAUUUUAACUGCAGCUUUGCCCAUUCUAACUAUUAUUAAUGAUCUUUACUAUUAUCAUUGAUCAGACUGUCAGCUCCUGGUUUCCUUCUGAUCCAUCUCUGCCUGACACAGCACAGCCUUAGGCUUCACAACAAGUUCAACCCCAUGGCCUAACAAGUCCAGCUACUUAUGUCAAGUACUGAGCUACUUCAAAAUGCUGUAAUUUUUUCAAUGCAGGGGGCUCUGGAUAGAGAACAGUGGGUUUGGGGUGUUUUUUCAGGGGUUUUACGGGUUUAAUGUACUCAGACCCUGCUGUCCUUACCUGCUGUCCCUGUGGUUGUGGCCCUGCUGCAUUCAUGUUUAUGAAGAAAGUCGAGGGAAAAGCAAGGACAAGAGCAGACCUGCCCUGGAUUUGCUCUGGAUCACCAAAGUCCUCACAAAAAAGAGCUCUCCCCAUGUUAACCCUAUUCCUUUUCCACCUCCACCUGGCAGACUUUCCCUGAACACCCACCUGACCUUCUGUAACUUUCUCCCCUUCUUUCACACCCAGCAGGACACGCCCCAGGAGGGGCAGGUCACAAAGGGCACAAGGGGGCCCAAAUGGGGCCAGGAGCUUCUGUUGGCACCCUAAAGGUGCCAGGGUGGUGGCUCUGUGCACAGGGAAGGUAACAGCUGGAGCACCUGUGCUGGGCAGCCUUAGAAACCACCCCUUGGGUUGCUGAUGUCUAGGCAUGGUUAUUUUUGCCUUUUCAUGAGUAUCUCCUCCUCUUUCAGGUUUUCUGCUAUCCCAGUUAUCACUGUGCUCCUCAUUCUCCUCCAAAAACAUCUGUCUUGUCCAGGGGAACAAUUGAGAGUACAAUCCAUAGCAAAAAACAUUGACCCAAAGAGCUGCAGCACAGUGAGGGCCUCGGUGCCUGGGGAUGUGUGAACACAGCAGGUUCCUCACUCAGAGUCAGGCAGCUGCAGCAAGAAGGGGCUGAGUUCAUCACAUCCCACUGUCCUGCCAAAGCCAUCCCAACACAGCCCUGCUGAGCUGCAGCCUCAGGAGCAGCACUCCCAGCCAGCAGAGCCACGGGCUGGGAACGAGGUCAGGAGAGCAAAGAACAAAGCACAGAGCUGACUGGGGAAUCAAGAAAAACAAGAAAACAACACUCAGACUUUCCAGUUCUGCUCUCUUCCCUCAGCCACUGGGGAAAACCAGCCCUGAGUAUUUAAAUAUUUAAAAAAAUCAUGGAGUGAGGCCCAAAAAACUCCUGGAGUUGUGCUCUGGGCACAGCCCCAGCUCAGCCAUGGCCAUGCAGCCACUCCCCAGCCCAGGAAAGCUGAGGCAUCUCCUCUCCAUCCAGCACAGCCACCUCCAGGGCACAGCAGUGCUGCCCUGCCACCACAGCUGGCUGGAGCUUUCCUGUGCACAUCACCACAGUGCCUUUUAAUUAUGAUUUGUGGGCGUUUUUUGCUAUGUGAUUAUCAAUUUCUCAAUUAGUCAGACCAAGAAGUAAAUACAAAACCAAAAGAAAACCCAACCCCAAAGCCCUCUGUGUGCAGAAAAUAAAGUUUUUUGACAACACAGAGCUGGCCACAGAAUAGGAAGGUUGAUCCCCAGGAGCAGAGCCCCAUCCAUCCAUGUAGAUCUGACACCUCUGGGAAGAGCCAAGGCAAACACAGAGACUGAAGCAAGACUUGAGAACAAACAUUUAAGCAUAAAAGAAUUUACUUAAGGAAUAUUUUUAAAAAUAAUAACUUAAAACCCACUAUGGCCUCAUGGUACCUCCCCCCUUAAGCUGAGGCUGGUGCUUGGCUUCUGCGUCUCUGCAAGAACAAUCACAUCAAGAAACAGCAAUUUUUUGCCCAAAAUCAUUUCAGCAUUAUGGAUUUGAAGCAGGCAGCCCAAGACCUCCAGCUAAAGGAGUUCAAAGCAUGACAAACAGGUUCCAACAGGACUCUGCCUGCAGGAAAGAGAAGAAUGUAACAUGUUUGGUAAAUAUUACCCUCCCCUGCAUGGAUGGCUCCCGAGGCUGGAAAUGCAAGGACCAGCUUCAUUACAGGCACAGGCCUUUGCUCAAGGCUGUUCCUGCUCUUCCCAACACCUGGCAAUGCUGCAGGGAGGCAGGGAAAGCCCCAGAGAAGGAAAAGAACACAACAGAUAAAUUGAGGGAUGAAGGAGGCAUCAAACCACAGGGGAGAGAGGGCUACAAAAAGGGUGUGCCAGGAGCCAGUCACCCCCAAAUCCUAAAAAAACCAGGGGAAGCCACAAAGGAAAAAUGAUACUGCACUAGAAGUCUGCAAUGUGCAGUGAGACACAAACUGGGAAAAUCUCCCAUUUCUUUCCCCUCUUCCUUGAGCAUCUCUGCCACAAGGAGGAAGCACACCCACGGUGCUGGCAGCUCCCUGGCUUUCCCUCUCACUGUGCCAUAAGUGCUGACUAAUUAAUUACACACAAAGCAAGCCCUUCCUGCAGCCACUGCACAGCAAAUGCCUGGCAGGUCCCAGCUGCAGGUACAGGUCUGAAAGUGUGCCCAUCUCACAGUUUCAUGCCACGACCCCCCUGUAGCUCUGCCACUCUUUUGUUCCUGCCUGUGGGAGGAGAAGCAGAGUGAAGCUUUCAGAACAGCCCUCAACUAAAGAAAAACUCCCA